AUGGCGACGGCACCGCUGCAUCUGGUUGCCAACCUCGAGGGCCACUCUUCUCGCGCCUGGCAUCUGGCAUGGAAUCCGCGCAUGCCGCUGCUCGCAUCGUGCUCGGGCGACAAGGAUGUGCGCCUGCACGCCUACUCGUUUGUCUCGACCACGACGGCCGAGGGGCCUUCUACGUCCAAGCAGCCGGCAUUCAACCUGCGCGAGGUGAUUCCUACGGGCCACCAGCGCACCGUCAGGCAGGCGGCGUGGUCGCCCGACGGCAAGAUCCUCGCCACCGCCUCGUUCGACUCCACCGUGGGCAUCUGGGAGAGGAUACAGGACAUCGACGGCACCGCCGAGCUCGAAGGCAGCAACGGCAGCCGCGGACCGCUGGCGCUCAGCAACGGUGGCAAGCACGUGGACGAGCCCGAGUGGGACUGCGUGGGCACGCUCGAGGGCCACGAGAGCGAGUGCAAGUCGGUCGCCUUUUCGCACACGGGCAGCGUGCUGGCGUCGUGCAGCCGCGACAAGUCGGUGUGGAUCUGGGAGGUGCAGCCCGACGCCGAGUUCGAGUGCCUGUCGGUGUUGAUGGAGCACUCGCAGGACGUCAAGGUGGUGGCGUGGCAUCCCAACGACGAGGUGCUGGCGUCGGCAUCGUACGACGAUGCGAUCAAGCUGUACAUCGACGACCCGCAGGACGACUGGUUCUGCUACACCACGCUCACGGGUCACGAGUCGACCGUGUGGAGCCUGUCCUUCUCGCCGUGCGGCAACUACCUCGCCUCGGCGUCGGACGACCUGACGGUGCGCAUCUGGCGCCGCCUCAACGCGGACGAGUGCGAGGCGCGCGGUGUCAAGCCCGAAGGCAAGAUGCCCGGCCGCAGAGGCGACAAGUGGGUGGCCGUCACGGUGCUGCGGGGCGACCACGACCGGACGGUGUACAGCGUCUCGUGGGGCGUCGACACGGCUUCGAAUCGCAACGGCAACCUCGGCCGGCUGGCGAGCGGCGGUGGCGACGGCCGCAUCUGCGUGUACGAGAUCAGCGCAUCCGAGGACGAUAAGCAGCUGGCGCCCAAGGUGGAGCUGGUGGCCAAGAUGGAGCGUGCGCACGGCAGCGCCGACGUCAACUGCGUCGCGUGGGCGCCCGAGAGCCUCAACGCCCGCGGUGGAGGCGCGCAAGCCAAGAUCGAGGAGCUUCUCGAUGACGGUGUGACUCCCAAGAGUGCGGGUCUGUCCAGCGGCUUGACCCACCAAAACAUGUCGGACAUGCUUGCCAGCGCGGGCGACGACGGCAGCGUCAAGGUGUGGACGCUCACCACCUCGCCUCUCCCACCUCCACCCGCAUCGGCAUCAGCUUCCAUGUCCGGUGGAUCCAACAACAACCAGCACCCUUACACGUCCCAGCCUCACCACUCCUCUUUCCAAUCCAACCCUCCCAGCUUCCAUCCAGAUCCGCAGCAUCAGCUUUUCCCCCACCAACACGGCUACGGAUAUCCUUCCGCCAACCAGGCUGCACCCGACUUCCCCCAGCCUCCCUUUCCGCAUCAUCAUCAAGCCGCCUAUCAGAACAUUGCAGCUCAGCCCGAUCACGCCUUCUCCCACCUCGCUCCUGAUUUUGACGCUUCCGGCACCAGCUACACCGGCGCUUCCAACCAGCUGCCUCUGAACAACAACUUUGCUCAGCAGCUCCACCAGCCCCAGUGGGACCAGCAAGUCCACUUUGCGCCACAGUCUGGCUCCGAGCAGCUUCACGCACAAGCAGGCUACGUCCAUCAGCCAAGCUCGUACCCACCACAGGCUAACCUCUCGGAGCAUCCCGUAGCCGACGACAUCGCCACCCCGCCGCCCCAACACAGCCAAGUGGCCACCCCGUCGCCUCCGAAAUCCACACUUCGCGUCAAGCUCAAACGCGUCACCAAGACCAACGAGUCCAGCGCCGGCGGACAACAAGCGCAGGCACAGCUCCAGAUCGAGCCCAACUCCAACAUGUCCGCAAGACCCAGCAGAGCGGCCGCUUUGAAUGCCAGCGCCAGCAUGAGCGCGCUGUCCGACAGUCCCGCAAGCCGUUCCCUGCGCCUCCGUCCUGCCAAAAAGGAACCAGGCAGCGAAGAAGAUUACCAAGACGUGAGUGACCAUCAUACAAACGACAACCGCGGCAGCCAUCCUCUGCGACAUGCACAUCUGCCGAACCGGGAUUCGGGGAGCAUCAGCAGCGUUGACAGCCAGGAGACAGGAGAGCACAUAGGCGAGCAGAAGGCUAGCAGAAGUAGCAGAAGUAGCAGCAGAAAGACUUUCCCAGUCGCCAUUCGCAGGAGCGGCAGGAACCAAAGCCGCAGCAGCAGCCAGGCGCCCACCAGCAGUCAGACGCCGACCACGUCUCAGUCGCUGCGCAUCCACGAGUCGCGUCCACCUCCGCCGCGCCGCAGCACCAGACGGUCGGGCGAUUCCGCCCCAGAAUCCAGUCAGGAGAUCGUGAGCGAGCAGAUGCCGAGCGCGACGCAGCGCCUCGCCGGACAGACCAGGGCGCCGUCGGCGCGUCGUAGUAGCAGGAGAAGGGACGCUGACGCUGCGGAAGACGACGACGAGGAUGCCGACGCCGACGACGAUGCCGAAGGCGAGCAAGAUGUCGCUGUCAAGAAUGACGACGACGACAAACAUCACGAGCCAGAGCCCAUCAUGUCGCGUAGCCGCAGCGGCCGCAUGCGACGCAUGGCAAAGGAGAGCAUGGCCGAGUCCGACGAUUCGGAAGCGGGCCGUGACGAUGACGAUGAUGAAGACGAAGAGGUGGUGCGCUCCACACGCCGCACAUCUCGCAAACUCGCCAGCAACUCGCUUGGCGGCUUCGUUGCCGCCGACGACGAGGACGACGAGGACGACGAGGGCGAAUACGGCUCCAGGAAGACUCGGUCCGGUCGAGUUCUGCGUCGCGGCAACAGCAGCAGUUCCAAUCGCCUUCAGGAGAUGGCAGCCAAGAAACGCGCCGCCAAUGGCCGCGGCCGUCACGCAAAGAAGGUCAUCGACGACGAGUUCGAGAUGGACGGCGACGACACGCCCGAGGAAGACCACAUCUCGGGCGCCGAAGACGACCCGCUCGAUCUGCACAGCGACGAGCCCGAGGGCAGUCAGGGCAAGUCGUACUCGCUCCGCCAGCGCAAAAAGGUCAACUACUCGCUCGUGCCUCCUCCAGCCUCGCCCCCAAGAGACGGCUUCGGCCGUGCCAUCCGCAACAACCGCGGCCGUGCCGCCAAUGGCGCCUACGAAAUCGAUCCCUCGACUACCGGUGCUGCUCCAGGCUCGGGCACCGGUGCGGCUCUGCCGAUGCCCUUCCCUGGUCGUGGCAAGAAGGGCAAAGAGGGCUGGGACGCGCUGCCAUCCUCGAUGACCGGCAAGGACUACGCCCGCAUCUUUGGCGACCCCGUCGACAGCUCCGACGACGAGCUCCAGAACAAUGCGCUGCGCAAACCUGGCGGUCCCGCGGCCCUCGGCGGCGGUGGUGCCGGAGGCCUGCUGGGCGCCGGUGGUGCCGGAGGCGCGGGCGGUCCACCCGGCGGACUCACCGGCUCGGGCGGCACCGAUAGCUUUGGUCGCAUCAAGAAGAGCGGCGACCCGCUCGCUGACGUCGACCCGCUCGGCGUCGACAUGAACAUCGACUUUGACAGCGUCGGUGGCCUCGACGGUCACAUCCAGCAGCUCAAGGAGAUGGUCAUGCUGCCUCUUCUCUAUCCCGAGGUCUUCCAGCGCUUCAAAGUCACGCCUCCGCGCGGCGUGCUCUUCCACGGCCCGCCAGGUACGGGUAAGACGCUCGUCGCGCGUGCGCUUGCCGCGAGCUGCAGCACAGAAGGCCAGCAGGUGAGCUUCUUCAUGCGCAAGGGCGCCGAUUGCUUGUCGAAAUGGGUGGGUGAGGCCGAAAGGCAGCUGCGUCUGCUCUUCGAGGAGGCGCGCGCCUCGCAGCCCAGUAUCAUCUUCUUCGACGAGAUCGACGGUCUGGCGCCCGUCCGCUCCAGCAAGCAGGACCAGAUCCACGCCAGUAUCGUCAGCACCAUGCUUGCGCUCAUGGACGGCAUGGACGGUCGAGGUCAGGUCGUGGUCAUUGGCGCCACCAACAGGCCCGACAGCGUCGAUCCGGCACUGCGCCGCCCCGGCCGAUUCGACCGCGAGUUCUAUUUCCCGCUCCCCUCGCUCGAGGCGCGCAAGAGCAUCAUCAACAUCCACACACGGAAGUGGGAGCCACCCCUCGACGACGACUUCAAGGCGAGGCUGGCCGAGGUCACCAAGGGCUACGGUGGUGCCGACUUGCGAGCUCUGUGCACCGAGGCCGCCCUCAACGCCAUUCAACGGCGCUAUCCGCAGAUCUACUCGACUACGGAUCGCCUGCUGUUGGACCCGGCAUCAAUCCAGGUGGACGCCAAGGACUUUAUGAUGUCCGUCAACAAGAUCGUGCCGUCGUCGGCGAGGGCGAGCGCCUCGGCGGCGGCGCCGUUGCCCGAGAGGCUCGCGCCCUUGCUCGGCAACGUGGUGCAGGACGCCAUUUCGGUGCUUGACCGCAUCCUGCCGCCCGUCAGCAAGCGCAAUCCGCUCGAGGAGGCGCUGUGGGAGGACGACACCUUCGUCCCCAACGGACUUACGUCCGGCAUGUCGGCUGCCGACAUGCUCGCUGGCGAUCGCGGCUUUGGUCGUGAGAUGCUGCUCCAGUCGUUCGAGGCGCAGCGCGUCUACCGCCCGCGCAUGCUCGUGCACGGCGAGGCCGGCAUGGGCCAAGGCGCGGUCGGUGCGGCGCUGCUGCAGCACCUCGAAGGGUAUCACGUGCAGUCGCUCGACAUUGGCACGCUGCUGGGUGACAGCGCUCGCACACCCGAGGCUGCCAUCAUCCAGCUCUUCGUCGAAGCCAAGCGCCACAAACCCAGCGUCCUGUAUAUUCCAGGUCUCGUCCACUGGGCGCGCUCCGUGUCCGAGGGCGUCAAGACGACGUUCAAGGCGCUGCUCGACGGACUCACCGAUGCGGAUCCGGUCAUGCUGCUCGGCAUCGCCGAGGCGCCGCUCGACGAGCUCGACGACGAGGUGCAGUCGUGGUUCAACUUUUUGGACGACGACCUCGUGCAGAUCCGGCGUCCGGACGAAGAGAGCCGCCGCGCGUUCUUCAAGGAGAUCUUUGACCACGUCAUUCGUCCGCCGACCGAGUUCCCCGAUGCGCUGCCGAGGCGCAAGAGGGUGCUGGAGGAGCUGCCCAAGGCGCCGCCGCGCCCGCCGCGCAAGCUCACGCAGGCCGAGCUGCAGCAGCAGGCGGACAACGACGCCAAGCUGCUCGAGCACCUCAAGUACCGCCUCGGACCCGUGCUCGCCGAGCUGCGCAAGAAGUUCAAAAAGUUCACGCGCGAUGUGUGGGACGAGUACAACCUGCGCGAGCUUACGCAGCAGUUCGAGUGGACGCGCGAAAAGGGCAAGGUGACGAUCGAGCUGCGGUACUACCGCCCGGGGCUGGCGGGGCAGCAGGCGCGCGAGGACGACGCCGACGACAUCAACGGCAUGCUCGAGACCGAGGCCGACGUUGCGGCCAAGCGCGGCAUCACGGCGGCCCAGUUCAACAGCCCCGAGCCUAGUGCUGUCGCUGCCGGCGAAGAGGCGGCGGACGCGGUGGGAGGCGAGACUGAAGCGCCAUCUGCCGCGGCUGCGGUGGCGGGCGAGACUGGCGAUGUCGAGAUGGCCAAUGGCGACUCUGCCGCGGCCGUCAAUGGCUCCAACGGUGCCGAGGCGAGCGGCGAGGCGUCGAGCGCCGCAGCCGACGGUGUGGCGCCGCCAUCGUCGCAGCCCAACGGGGUUGGUGCGGCCCAUCCCAAUGGCGAGGCUGACGAAGCCGGUGGCGAUGCAUCCACUGCGGCAGCCGACACGACCGGUGCUGCCGGCGCCGCGACGGACGAGUACGUGACGCGGACGAUGCCGAUUUGGACGACCAACCUGGAAAAGAUGCAGAAGCGGCUGUACUACAACGGCUACCUGUCGUGUUCGGCCUUUAUGGAGGACAUUCAAAAGAUCGUCGAGAAUGCCGAGGAGGCGGCAGAGGUGGAUCAGGAGCGCGUGUUCCGGGCGCACCAGAUGCGGAACCUGGCGAUUGUGCUGAUGGACCAGUACAUUGAUGCAGGCUUCCGGGAGGAGUGUGAUCGGAUGGCGUUGCGGCAGAUGGCGCGCGAGCAGGAGGCGCGCGAGGCGACGGAGAAGGCCAAGCAGAGUGCCGAGGAGGCAGCCAAGAAGGCGGCCGAGAGCGCGAAAGGCGAGCGGGCGAGUGCGCGCAUUGCGGGCAAGGAGGUGGAUGCGGCGUUGCUUGGCGAUGCGGGUGCCAUCGAGCGAGGGGCUAAGAGACAGCGCAGUGCAAGUGCCCAGGCCGACGCUCCCGCCGCUCCUGCCGAAGGGUCCGAAGGGAGCGAAGGGGUCGAAGGUGGCGAAGGGGGCGAGGGUGGAGGUGAUGUGGUGGUGGUGGAGGGGGGAGUUGUGGCGACGGAGGGGGUUGAGAAGGAAGAGUCGCGCAAGCGAGCGCGCGUCGAGCCGGCGCCCGUGCAUCCGCCACUGACGUAUACUGCGGCGUCGUACGUUCGGCUCACGCACCACAUUGUGGCGUCGACGGCGACGUACAGCAUCGACCAGCUGGCGCGGCUGCGUGCGGCGGCGUUCAGUGCGAUUUGGCAGCACCGCGCCGACUGGGACCGCGACGAACUCAUCGGUCGACUCAUCGAGAUCACUGCCAAGUCGCAGCAGGCGGUGGCGAGGGAGCGCAGCAUUAGGCAGUAG